GGGGUGCUUGUCAAGUACGGGGUACGAUAAGACUUCCAAGAUUUUCGGGAGCGACUUUACUGCUAUUCUCAAGUUGGCUCUCCAGGGCUGUCAAGGUAUGACAUAAUACCUCGCCAGCCAAUUUCGCACAUUGAGCCAGUGCCAGGAAUGCCAUGCGGCCUCUCAAGUGAUUAUCUCCAGGUGAACUCAGACCGGUACAAUGGAUAUCACCGCCGACUUCAAUGUCUGUCUCAAGCAGAAGGGAGCGCAGCCAAUCACAAAGAAGAGCUACGACUUGAAGACCAUCAACUCGUUCCUACAAGAAGCCUACGAGAUUAAUAUCCGAAUCGCUGAACUCACGCGGGAAUUGCGCUCCAUCCGGCCACGAUAUCUUUCAACAGCGCUGCCCCAACGACGAAAACAUAUCGCAACAGCGAGCGACGGCCAUGACCGGACACGUCCACUAACCAACGCUGAACGAGACGAAUUUGACGCACAAUCUAAGCUCCUCCUCCGACAGCUGAAUGGCGCAAUAUCUGGUCUCAAACAGGCAGAGGAUGUAAGGAAACAGGCCGUGGACUCUAUCGCUCUUUCAAAGCGUGCGCGUGGUGGUCUUGGCGGGCUGGGAAGAUGGGCCGCCGGUGGAGCCAUCACGGCCAAGUCGCCGGAAGAAGAGUUGGAACAGGCGCAAGCCACGACCCUGGCUGAGGUGCGCGAAAGCAUCACGUACUACCUGCAGAAGAGCUUGGAACGCGCGAGCAGGGCGCAGACAGACAUGAUGGAUGUGCGGUUGAGCAGAGAGCUGGAGAAGUCCAAAUCAAUACUCGCCAAGUCUGCCAUGAAUAGCCGCGUGUCCACAUAUCACGGCGACUACAACUCCAAUGCCAAGGCAACAGAUAUCGAGUUGCAGUCUGAGGCCUCCGGUUCCAACGAGCAUGCUCCUGGCGGACCUCUCACCCAAGAGCAGCGCCAGCAAUUUGCAGAAGAGAACCACGCGCUUCUCAAGCAUUACGAAGAUCAGCUUGAUCAAGUCCGGACGGCGGAACGAAGCAUUCUGGAGAUCAGCGAGAUGCACAGUACACUGCACGCCAGCCUCCAACAACAGAGUGAACACAUCGACCAACUCGUCCAGGAUUCCUUCCUGACCACUGAAAACAUAGGGAGAGGAAACAAAGAGUUGAAAAAGGCCAGCGAGCGGAGGAGCGCGGCUCAGGCUUUGUUCUACUCGACUGUAGCGUUCUGUUCUUUCCUCGUCGUCUGGGAUCUUAUAUUUUGAUCGCGGCCAGCCUUGUUGAAGGCCUAACGUGCCACGGAUACAUGAUGAAUGAGAUGAUGAAACAAUGCGAGGAUGAUCGAUCGUCAAGGUGUAGUCUAGCGUGAAACGAGAUAUCAAUGACGAAUGCCUCCAGGGCAUGGACUCAAAUGAGGUUGAAUUAUUACCCUAAGGACGAGGAAAUGCCCAGGUGGAUCGCUGACGGGCGCAGCCAUCGGCGCUAACGAAUACCGCACAGGUAUUCAGCAAACGGGACAACUCGUGGACCGUCACAAAUGUGCUCGCGUGAGCACAACACACUUCAAUAUGACAGACU